GUUUCAGUUCACUUUUGACAAGCCAACUUUUUCUGCUGUCGAUUGUUUUUUUUUAUAGAAAAUCGCGAUAGAUCGAAACAUAGUGCAAAAAUUGAAGAUAAAACCAAAAGUGAAUGAUUGUUGAAAAAGUGGAUAAAAUUGACUGUUUAGCCAGUAGAAAAUGAUGUAGUGAUCUGAAUCGAUUGACUAGUGAAAAUAAUUGAAUAAAAUCAAAAAAGUGAAUUGAAUUGAAACCAUAAAAACAAAAUUAAAUUAAAAUGGGAAAUUCAAGUACAAAAUUAGCCGAAAAGUGCUCACUUCUAUCCAGAGAUGAAGUUCCAGUCGUUGCCAGUUCAUUUAAAUUUGUGAGCAAAAAUUCGGAACGCAUCAAAGAAGAUGAUCUUAUGAAAUUCUGGGGCUCUCAAAUGGAUCCACGACUAGCACAAUACAUAACAAAUUUCCUGUUCGGUUCACAUGGGAAUCGAUCAACUGUCGUGGAGUUUCAAAGAUUUGCCGAACUGUACGUUUUCUGUGUUCGCGGUACAGUCGAUGAGCGCAUUUCAGUGUUACUGUCUAGUCUGGGCUACGUAGUCAGUGAAUCGUCAGAGAUAGCAUAUCCACUAAUCAAAGAGUACGUCGAAGCUGUUGUCAGCAGUUACAUUCGUUCGUUGCGGUUGCAAUCCGGCCCGCAAUACAAAUCAUGGGAAAGUAAGGGCUUCCGAGUGGUGAAAGAAUGCGUACAGAAAUUAGCUGAAAGUUUGGCUUGUGAAGUUGUUCAACCGAACACGCAAAAGGUCACCCGAACUGACGCGGAACGCUGGCUACAACAAAGUCCCACGUUUCUGCGAAUGCUGGAACAUGUCUUCCUUCACUUAUAUCACCAUCGUCCGACAACUGCAAAGAGCCCACACGAAGACAAAGAAGUGAUGUCCAUCAGGCGUCGGAGCGUCGUACCCGAUGCAAAAUUGCUGCCAUGUUGCGAAGGGUUACAAUAUGUUCCGGACUAUCCAGCAUUCACCGACAUCUCACAGAUGCUGUUUAUCAAUUCAAACCUGCCGAUGGAUUACAGGGUAAAAUGGAGAUUCCUAUUUUCGUCACAAAUACACGGGGAAAGUUUCUCCACUCUGAUGGGCCGGAUCAUGGACCAAGGACCGAGCGUGAUUAUAUGCGAAGAUACGGACGGUUACAUAUUCGGAGGAUUUGCACCAGAUUCGUGGUCUUUGAGUCCGAAUUUUGUGGGUAAUGACAGUGCAUUUCUAUUUACGCUUCGUCCGAAAAUGCGAUGCUUCCAGAGUACGGGAUAUAACGAUCACUAUCAGUAUUUGAAUUUACAUCAACAGACGAUGCCGAAUGGAUUGGGUAUGGGCGGACAGCACAAUUAUUGGGGUCUGUGGCUGGACAGUGAAUACGGCAAAGGUGAAUGUUCCGAAUCAUGCACAACGUUCAGGAACUACGUUCAAUUGGGAGUCAAUAAGAAUUUCACAAUCCGGAACAUUGAAGUGUGGGCUGUUGGCGAGAAGCCAGUGAAGUCGACGGAUGGAUCGCCGGAACGCUCGAUUCUGGACGGAAACGUGGAAGAGAAAGCAAUAUUGGAAUUGGCCGGACGGAAACAGUACUCUGACGGUUAUCGGGAUCCGGUUCGGGACGAACCGCUCGAAUGAAAAUCCACCAGACACGUGAAAUUUGUUAGAGCACCGAAGUCUAUUUAGAUAUCAAUGAUGAAGAGAAGGAAAAAAAUUUUAAUUUUAAUUCCCACAAAAUACGCUAGAGCUAUGCUAUUCAGUCAAUUUGAUUACCGGAAGUGAGUGUAGGAAAAUUAUUGGCAUUUUUUUAAAACGUCUUGGUAGUUGCAUAAAAUGCACAAACCAACAAUUUUCAGACGUUUUUGAUUUGAAAACAGUUAUGUAACAACAGCAAUGAAACGAAGGAAAAUGGAAACGACAAUCGAAUUUUUCACAAAAAAAAGAGUUUAAAAAAAUGAGAAAGAAAUUUCACGGUCAUCGGACCAUUGAGUAAAUGAAUUUUUUCUUUCUAAAUUGUAAGAGUAAAUGUUUAGGUAGCAGAGCCAAAAGUUCAAUUAUUUUGUGUUGAAAGUUCGAUUGUUAAGUUGAAAAAUUAAAAGUCCAUCGAUUGGCUUGCGUUAGAUUAAGAAGAACAGAAGUAUGGACAAAGAACAAUUUUUUUUUUGAUAUUUUCUAUCUUAUGCAGGAAAAUUGAUGUUGAAAGUAGAAAUCAUCAGAGAAAAAAAAAUGAUUUUAAAUUGUAAUUCAGUGAUCUUCUAUUGCAUGCCAUACAACAUAAUAUUAGAGAUUAAAAAUGAAAACAA